AUGAACGCAACUCACUUUCGAUAUCCCAAUCCGCGGCCAUCAAGACAACCCAUCGACAACCCUCAUAUCGCAGCCAUCACCUUUGGCUUUAACUGGCCCGGAGUUGGCUAUAUUCAAGGCCAGUUCGUGGGAAAGAGGAUCUUACACAACGGGCAAGAUAUGACCAUAGUCAAACUGAGUCAAUUUUGUCAAAUCACCUACAAUGCGAAUUUCGAUCGAGCCAUAACCAACGUCAGCAACCCGUAUACUGAAGAGCACACGCGCUCAACCGACUGCCGGCCUUUCCUGGGAGAUGCGUGCGUCGACGAGUGGGAAUCAACAAUCCCUAGUAGGACCCUCUGCGAUACCUCGAGAAUAUCCCUCACUGGAGGCGCAUGCAGAUCAAUCUUUAGACUGGACCGAUCAUGGCUCCUCCGGCCAGAAAAUCUGGCAAGAAACUACAGCAGCGGCGACAUCGCGACGCGAGCAUCGACGGGAGCGAUGAACGGGACCAACAUGACGUCCUACGAUGCCGUCAACAACAAGGUGCAUGUCGUAAUGGUCAACCUCGUGUUCGAGGUCCGGGGUCCCAGCGACGGUAAUCGCACCUCCAACAUAACAGGGCGUCGGCAGCCUCUCUGCAUCCGCAUCAACACUGGACAGGCGGAUGAAGCUGAGGGCGUGGGUACAUCGACGAUACUAGGCCGUGGAUAG